UGUGAAAUUGUGUUUGACAAUCUUCGGGCUUACGCUUUAGAUCUUAAAAAAAGAGGGAAAUGAACGCUUCCCGUCCAUAAAUACGUGUGUUUUAACGCACUGAGGUCAAAUGGCAGCUGUGGGGACGUGGUCUUUCUCUCGUCCUGCAGUGGAGAGAAUGAGAUGUAUGCUGCUAGCUGGACAAAAUGCCACAGAUGUUGUAGAAACAGCAAUGGCGGACAACAACAGUGCAUCUAUGUCUUUCUGCUUCAUAGUAAGAGGUAUAUUUUCUUAGAGGUUGAAGAUGAUGGAGACACGGGACGGCACAUUGUUGGCAGAGGGGGAUAUCCAAAUUUAAAGGGAGUGGUUGAAUGUGAUGCUGCAAUUAUGGAAGGUGUGCCAGGAAGAUUUGGGGCAGUGGCCGCACUUCGAGGAAUUGCACAGCCAUGUCGUGUAGCUCGCAAAGUAAUGGAGAAGAGUCCUCACAGCUUGCUUGUUGGAGAAGGAGCAGAAGCAUUUGCUCAGGAAUUGGGUUUUACAUCUGAACCCAAUGCCAAUAUGCUUUCCGACCAUUCAGCUACUGCUUACCGGGAAUACCUCGAAAAAAAUAAACCUGUUAGAGGUGGGCAUGAUACAAUAGGUCUUAUAGCUCUUGAUCUAAGUGGCAAUAUAACAGUAGGAGUUUCCACAUCAGGAGCUCCCUUCAAGUCACCAGGGCGGGUGGGAGAUUCUCCUCUUCCAGGCUGUGGGCUAUACGCUGAUCAUACAGUGGGUGCCGCAGCAGCUACAGGUGAUGGAGACAAAAUCAUGUGCUACUGCCCAAGCUUUCAUGUUGUGCAGCUGAUGAGACAAGGCUCGUCUCCUAAUGAAGCCUGUCGCGCAGUGCUUGCUGACAUACAGCGGAGAAUAGGUGGCGAUAAAUGCUUUGAAAUUGGGCUUAUUUCUUUGAAUAUGAAGGGAGAGGUCGGAGCUGCUUCUUCCGUGGAGUUUCCACACACAUUCUGGAGCCAAGGGUUGAGUUCGGUGGAGGAGCUAGUCAUUAACCAACAGAAAUCCAUAAAUGUUUAAUUUCUAGUCAUUAAGUAUGUGGUUGGUCAUAAAACGUCAGUACUUUUAACAUUUGUGUUAACCUUUAAUUUCUUUGUGUGAAAACCCCUUUGUUCGUUAUUUUCAUAAUCAAUAAAAAAAAUUAUCUGUUGGGUCA